GCUUGCUUCAAGAACUCAAAGACCAUUCGAGAUCACGUUGCUUCACAGAGGUCUCAGUUCUUUUGCGGAUUAGCACACCAAAGCCCUGCUCUGUUGAGAUUCAAGCCCUAGUCGUCUGUGCAGGCUUUACUGUGCACAGCUUUAGGUUCUGAUACGAUUCAUAUUCUCUUGAGCAGGUCACAAGUACCGCAUUUCCUCGCUUUCUUGUGGAGUUCUAUCUGAUUUGAUCUGUGAGACAAAUUACAGGUCUUGGGAAAGCAAAAUUGUACAACAAAAAUUUGGUCAUUUAAUGUUUGAGUACAAUGUCGGGACGUAAUUCGGCGUUGGAAGCUCCAGCAAGUACGGUGUUGGCCGCAACCAUCAUACAAGCUCACUGGCGAGGGUCUGUGCUGCGCCGAACCAGUCCACUGGAGAAGCUGCAAAUAAUUCACCAAGUUCGACAAGAUCUUAAGGACCACAUCCAAGUGUUGGCAGAUGCUGCUCAGUUCGAGAAGCUCUGCGCAGAUCCUAAGGAACGUUUGAGAUGGAGCGAGUGUGCAAUGACGUUGCUGCUGCGGCUUGACUCUAUUCAGGGUGCUCAUGCAUACGUGCGAGAUGUACGUAAAGUCACCUCCAAGGAAGUGAUCGCGUUCCAGGAGAUUAUCGAUUCUACCGCAAAGGACGCUUCCAGCGAUGUGAUCAGAAGGGCCCUAAAAUCAACGCUUACAAUGUUUCGUAACAUGGACCACAUACUUGAAAGGUAGCUUUGAACGAAAGAUUGGUUUUACUCAACGCAACGAGUUCACUUCCCCGUUCGUAAUGGCAGCAAGAGAGCAACCUCCCUCGUUGAGUGAAAAGGUUCGUCCGUGAUACCCAGACUGUUCAAGUUGGUAGCAAAUAAUUUCGAUUUGGACAUGUACUACCCCUAGUGUUUAUUUCAGCGUCUCAAGCAUCAACAUUUAUAAUUUAAAACGAGAGAUUGUAGCUCCUUGCAGACAUUCUCAGUUGAGCUGCAGCGGUUAUUUAAAAGCAGUUUCACCAAGACGUCAAAACAUGCUGUACACAUGGUGAACUACAAGUAUUGAAGACAAAGUUUGAAAUUCAAAUAUUUUACAUUCUUCUUUA